AUGGCCGGAAGCCCGGAUGAGUACGUGGCGCAGAUGACAACGUUUCUGGAGCGGCGGUAUCUGGCGACAAUACACCGGACGAUCGUCUCCGCCGUGAGACCAGGAGAAAGACUACGCGCUCGCAGUCAACGCCCAAGAUCUGAUCCACUUCGACUCGCGGCUUGCCUACUUGGUGCUGCACCGUCCGGAUCUCUUAUUAGAGAUUCACUUAUUUAUUUGGCGCGCGCGGCCGGAGAUGCUCAGGGUACCGUGAUACGCAGCGGCGCCGCUAAGAUGCUCGAGGUUUCGCGGGAGUACCGCUGCCAGAACAAGACCUGCGGCGCGGUCUUCAGCGUGCACUCCGACAUGAGCCAAGGGAACCUGCUCGCGCCGCCGACUAGCUGUCCCGGAGUGGGCGAAAAGCAGUGCAAAGGGACGAGGUUCAUGGAGCACGGGGACCACAAGUACAGCGAUUACCAAGAGAUGAAAGUGCAGGAACAGGCGCAGAAGCUAAGCGUCGGAUCUAUCCCCAGGGACCACUACCGUACCGUAAAGACCUCGCUUCGCCGGUGGCAUGGUUGUUCCUUCCGUCCUGCACGUGCCGUGUACGUCGCUGUCGCGCAGGAGGUUGUGGGGAAGUACUAUCAGAGCCAGCGGAGCGCCGACAACCGAUCGGCGGCGAGGACGACCGUGCGACUGCUGGAGUCUCUCAUCCGCCUGGCCCAGGCACACGCGCGGCUCAUGUGCAGAACCGAGGUCACCCUUCAGGAUGCCGUAGUGUCCGUGAUCUGCGUGGAAACGUCCUUGCACUCGACGGCCCAGCUAGGCGUGGACUCCGUCCUCCACAGCGACUUUCCCCCGAAUCCCGACGAAGAGUUCGAGCUUCAGCAGGGCCUUAUCCUGGAUCGGCUCAAACUCAGGAGUCCUCCGCCGCCCCCCGUCGUUACUCGAAGGGGUCCCGGUGGCUCGGAACGUUUCUCGGGGGGCAGCAGGAGCCAAUCCCAGCGUGGUGGCAGCAGCCAGGAGGACCCCCGCGACGGCGGCGGCCCCGCCAGCAGCGGCGGGCAUUCGUUGCAACCGUCCCCGUCGACAGAGGCAACGGUCGUCAGGCGAGACAGGUGGUCGGGCGGGGGAGGGCCGGACGACGGCGUCGGCGGUUCUCGUGGAAGCAACAGCACCAUCUCCAGCGACGGCAGCGCGGCGGCACCUCUUCGCGGACUCCCCGAGCGCGGCCACCCCCAGCAUUCGCGGGAGGACACAGUGCGAGAGGGCGGCUCGCAGCAGUGGCGGCGGGGUGGAGACGAGGUCGCAACGACGGGUUCAGCGGUGGACGGACCCCGAGGAGGCGGAGAGAGGGGAGGGCUUUCCACUCCUGCCCGCGGCGUUGUUGUUGCAGAGGCUAUUAGCGGCGGUACGCAGCGGCGGCGGCGGCGGCCGGAGCGAGAGGAGUCCGGCGGCGGCGGCGGCAGCGGCGAAAGGGAGAGGCGAUUCGAGGGGCCCGAUGGGGUUUCGAGAUCCCGUGGCGGUGGAGAUGGAAGAGCGGCUUCUUCUUCUGUGGGACCGGACGGGGAAGGUGGAAGGUGGACAGGGUUCAGCGGCGAAACGCCUGGCUCAAGUUUGAAGCGGCGGCGUCAAGCCGACGACGACGGGGCCGGCGGCGCCGCUUCCGGUAGCGGCAGCAGUUGGGGCGACGUACUCCUCAUGAGCCAACUACCGGGCACCCCUGUGGACCGACGGUAGCGUUUUCAACGCGUGCCAAGUCUUCGUUGCUUGUACGACUUUUGAACCGUAAGCUCGUGGACGACCUUGGCAGUAAAACGCCUGCGGAUCUGGUGUCCUUUGUCUGCUGUGUAUCGCGGAGUUCUGCCCGUUUGUCGCUCGAUGCGCGCGGCGCGAGCUUAAUUUUUUUUUCUUCGCUUGUGGAACGUGCUGUGCGUUCACUUCAAGGGAUCGGCGAGAGACAUGCGUGAAUGGUAUCUGUUGUGUGGUGUGUUGUACGGUCGAGUGACAAGUGUUGUUGGUGUGUUGUAGCGUGUUGUAUGGUUGAGUGACUUGAUGACUGCUGAAAGCAACAUUCUAUUCCCAAACCUUGUCUCCGAAGGUGCUGGUGUAAUUGCCUUUGUUUAUUCGGAAAAAAUAAAUAAACACACAGAAAGACUACCCAUUGUUUAUGUCACGUUUUGUUUUUCCUUGAAUUGCGGGGUUUGUCGACCCAAAGAGGGCAGUACAUAGAUCAAGGAGCUGCUUGGCGGUAUCCUAUUUUUGUCGGUUCAUCGUAUUC